CAGAGAGAGAGAGAGAGAGAACGAACGAACGAACGAACGAAAGAACUAACCAUCGAACGAACCAGAGCGGGUCUGCGGGGGGAGACGCUCCGUGAAAACAUCCAUGGGUGGCUGUGUGGGCAGUCAUCGUGAAUCUUCAGGCAGUUUAAACGAAAACUCGGACGGAACUGGAGUUGCACUGGGGCGAAACCAGCCCCUGAAGAGAGAGAAGCCCAAAUGGAAGAGCGACUACCCAAUGACCGACGGUCAGCUGCGCAGCAAGCGUGAUGAAUUCUGGGAUACGGCACCGGCAUUUGAAGGCCGUAAGGAAAUCUGGGAUGCGCUUAAGGCGGCUGCCCAGGCCUUUGAGAGCAACGACCACGAGCUCGCUCAAGCCAUUAUUGAUGGCGCCAGCAUAAUGUUACCACAUGGUGCUCUGACCGAAUGCUACGAUGAGCUGGGGAACCGCUACCAGCUGCCCGUCUAUUGCCUUUCCCCUCCCGUCAAUAUGAUCGAGGAGAAGAGCGAGCUGGAGAUCAUUGAGGUCCCAGAAGCUCCAGUCAGCGAGGGCCAGGAGUGCCAGUUACGCCUGCGUCUCUCAACGGGCCGGGAUCUACGCCUGGCUGUCCGCACCAGCGACAACGUCCAGCAGAUGAAGCGCCGUCUGCAGGGCCAGGAGGGCGUCGCGGCCAGCACCCAGCGCUGGUUCUUCUCAGGCCGACCGCUCACUGACAAGAUGAAACUGGAAGACCUGAAGAUCUCCAGAGACUAUGUGGUCCAGGUGAUCGUCAGCCAGCCCCCAACAACCCCACCACUGCCACAGAACCCCACACCUGUGGAAAACUAAUGCCUUGCUGGGGACGUGAGAAGAUCAGACUAAAUUGUCUGUGUGGGCGCAAGAUCUUUUGAGGAUCUUUUGAAGAUUUCUUUGAUUCGAGAUUGGCUGUUCUUGAUUCUAGAUGUAAAAUCUCUAUAGGCUUCUUACUUCAAACACUCACUGCCUUUGCUCCAGCUUUUCUCAUGAUGUUGAGACUCAGAUUUUAUGGUUUAAAGCCUCAGGUUUAGGAAACUGGAGCCAUGGCCAAGAGAGGUCCAUGGUUUUGGUUUGGGAAACUAAAAAGUAAUGGUUCUGCCUAAUAUUUGUUAAUUUGAAGAUUAUGGAGUUUACUCUCCAUAUUUGCUACCAUUUUCUUGUGAUGAGAUAAUAUGUCUGCAAGGCAGACCAAAUGUGUGGACCUACCAGUGUCUGUCAGAGCUUGAAAUCUGAAACUAUGAGACUGGAGGUCAAUGAGACUUUAAAAAUCCGCUAUUGGAUUUCAACGAAACGGAGGAUUUCUUGUUGGACUGUUUUAUAAUGUUAGUUUUUAUUAGAAACUCUGUAACCAAAUAUAUAUACAGAAUUUUAAGAAGAGUUGGGCUGUUACAUGUUGCAAAAAUCGACUUAUCUUUCGAUUCCGGCACUUCUUCAUAUAACCUUUCACUUUCUUAAAUUCUGUACAAAACAACUCAACUUAUUUAGCCUUUUAAUUUCAAAAUGAGGGGACGUUUUUUUGUGUCAUAUACAAUAGUGUAGUAGAUCAGCAGUUUUUAACUUUGCCUCAUUUUGGGGAAUGUGCUUUAGUAGAGAAAUGGCAAUCAUCACAUAUUUGCUUAUUGCUUUUAACCCUGAAGACAUUUUUAUUAAAAAUCCUCCACUAAAUAUAUUAGACUCUCUCUACUGUCAGCACAGAAGUGUGAAAUUGGUGUCGCUGGAAUAUUUCAGUUUUACUUGCGCAACCUUUAGAUUCCAUGUAAUUCGAGGCACUUUUAAGAAUUUAUUCAGCUCUGCAAGGAUGCCAUGGCGCUAUGGUUUUCAUCACUAAUCCUGAGGAUACAUAACAGAAAUUGAUGGGUUAGAAGGGUGUAAUCUUGUUAUAAAUCUGUAUUUGUGUGGAUGGGGAAGCCAAUAGCAAGUUAUUUUAUACAAACAGAAGAUAUCUGUUUGGCUACAUACACCUCCAACACUAUGAACUGUGCAGUGUGAACAAAUGUGGAUGGGGAGGGGAUAAGAUCCAUGGCUGAUGUCUUUGGCCACCAUGGGAAUAGGUGUCAUCUGAAUGUAGCUGUUCAUUUGGAAUGAAAACAUUAUGAAAUAAUAAUUUACUCUAUAGCUAUGUUUUUUUAAUAUAAUUUCUUUUAUUUUUGGCAUUUAUACUGAGAAGAGGAUAGUACAUCACAGAAAAUGAUGGGAUCGUAAAAUGCUCUGGACUCAAUCACUAUGGCUCAACGUCAUCAAAAGACGUGUGCUAACCACAAAUGUGUUUUUAAAUGGCAUCAAGACUUUGUGUUGUUGAAAGAGAAUUUCAAAGAACAGUUGCAUAUUUUAAUUAUACAGAAUGUUUUUAAUUAAAAGAUGAUAAUCAUU